GCUAUUGUUUUCAGUUGAUGAAAAACGCUCGCUCGAAACGGUUUGCAAACGCGGAGAUCUCUCGUGAAGCUUGCAAGGAAAAAACAAUUUAGCAAACAUUAGAACUUUGGAAACCUCUAUCAGGAGGAAGCCUGAACAGUGUAGUCACGAUGCAUAACGAAAAGUGAACAAAAGGGUGCGCACGGUGGUUUAAGAACCGAUAAGUGUGAAUUAAUCAAGGAUAACAGUGAAAAUAAAUGGGAAAAUUGUGUGGAUUGGAUGGUGCAUAUAAUUAAAAAUGGUGCGCAAGGAUAAUCGAAAGUGAAUUACAAGUAAUUCUAGUUUUAACGAGGAGGUGAAAAACUAGCGAAAAGAAAUAUUUAAAUGUUUUGUGAUUUACUGGAUUUUAUUUGCACAUCCAAGCUGUCCAUCAAGUCCAAGGAAGACCCGCUCAUCAAAGAGAAAAAGCUGCCUGAGCAGCAGCAGGCAAGGGAAGGACAGCACGAGUCCCAGCACUGUCAGCAGCCAAUCACGAAUCGUCAUGGAUUACAUCGGAUAUACAAUGAACAUUUGUUUAAUUCUUUUCAUGAUUUCCGUUACCGGCAGCCACUGCCAGUACUACAGCAACCGUGAUAUCAUUCUGACGCCACACCAGCUCAAAACCUAUCCGGGCAAGAUUUUGUACUAUCGACCCCACGAGCUGCCGCCCGGUUCGGGGGGUUUGGACAAUGUCGCUCCUGCGCAGCAGGGAACCGGGCUCUCCGUCGCCACCAGUACCGCCGUUCCCUGGGAGGAGGUGCUGAAGGAAACCGUCUUCUUGGCGCUGAAUGAUAACAAAACGAGCGCCAAAUCAGCUGAUGGCACGACCACCAACCAGCCAUUAUAUAUUGCGCGGCAGCAAAAGGCCAUAUACGGGGCGCCCUACAUUGGUUCCGUAGACUUAAGCGUGCCACGAUUUGGAGAUAUUGUGGAACUUGCCCAUGGCAGGCUGGAACAGGAAAAUGACGAAUCUUAUUUGUUCGUACAGGACGACGCCAACAAACCAGCAGACAGUGGACAUAACGUGAGUGCCUACUGGAAAGUGGAACGGAUUCGUCAUCGGGAUGAGCAGCGAGGACAUCGAUUUGAAUUGAAGUUCACUGUCACACCAGUCCGUGAUUUGAAGUUGGAUGAAAAUGCAGUUGUAAACCGGAGCUUUAUUGUACGUGACGAAGAUUACCCAAGAUAUUUCGGAAUGGUGUCGCCAAAUGCGAUUCCCAUGCUGAAGAAGAACGAUCAAUUCAUAGAAAGGGUUGUGUUCGAUCCCCAUUUCCCUCAGCCCCACUCAUCUUUCACGACUAACAGAUAUUUCCGACCAACUCAAGCGACUAUUACCUUGGGAGAGUAUUUGCUUCAAUCUCUCUUAUCGGGAGGGGAAACCACUAUCAAAGCCCAAGCCCCCCAACACGCAUAUCGAUUUGGAUCCUCCUACAAUAGAAUCAAAUUUCCGGAUUCAUUCACUACUUCUAGCCAAUCAGUACCCAAAUACUAUCAUCACAUCCACUUUCAACGUCCCUCAAUAGCUCCAUUGGCUCCGACAGCUCCUCCGAUGCCACCACUUAUCAAGGAAGUUCAAACUGCUUCAAGCAACAUACAGCAGGAUUUCGCCAAGUUGGUAGAUUUCCGGGGAGCAAUUGAUAAUUAUGACUUAAAACCCAGUGCAGAUAACAAUAUUCCAAUUCAACAACCGCAACUGAUUCCUCAACCCAUCAGAUAUCCACAACCAAUGAUACCAAUGCAGCCAACCCAUAUUCAUCACUAUCAUCAUCACCAACAAGCGAUGCAACAGCAAUCAAUGCAACCUCAACAGCCACAGCCUCUUAUUCUCAGUCAACCACCCAACAAUAAUCCACCUCCUCUCCAGCCUCUCCCGCAAAACCUUGUCCAGUCAAUCCCAGUCUUUAACCCGCAGGGACAAGUAAUGUUGAACCAUAUUCCAAUAGCACCUAGCCAUAUGAUCCAAGUUGCCGCACCGCAAGGUCCUGUAGCUUUCCCAGUACAUUUCCAGCUAGUGCCUUCCCAAGGUCAGGUCUACGCACCUCAACAAGGCGGAAUGAACGCUAUUCCAAUUCGCAUAAUGCAACCGGCUCCGGUUCAAUUCUACCCAGUCAAUCCUUUCAUGGCACCACAAAAUCAUCCGGAUUAUAGCACAACCAAACAUCCCAACCAAAGCCACCACUAUCCUUACCACCCGAACAGCAUUCCCACCACGCUGAAAUACACAAGCUUCAAAUACACGCCACAGCCCUCAACCAGCCCUUAUGCUAGCCCCACUGUACCUAACUACCGUUACACAUCCCUUCCGACAAUUCAAUCUUCACCCGCCGGUCAACGUGAAAGGUUUACCGCCUCUAGUUUUCGUCCCGUAUCCAGUACGCCAACUGUACCGACCCACAAACUGGAACCGGAAACAGCCGGCAGCUCUCCCGUUGAUUCCUCUGCACCGAAAUUCCAAUCAUUCGGAUUAGAGAAUGCAGUCACUCCAAAGGCUACCACGGUAGUUCCUAUCGCAACAGUCGCAGAUCAAAACUUUACUCCGUCUAUAGGUCACACUCCAUCGCAUCAUGGGGGAUUCUACAGCAAUUUCCUUGACGAGAAAGGCACAGUGAGCGAAAGUGGAAAACUCUACUCGGAGCCGGACCCUCUGUAUCAUAAGAGCAUUGGGACAACUCCCAUCUACAACACAACCCCCAGCUCACCAGUUUCUCCAUCGGGAGCCUUCACUCAUACAUCAGGACCUAAUUUUACUCCAAAAUUCACUACAAAUUCAUCAUUUAACAAAGGAAAUCCUUCUCCAACGAUUGGACCUCCUCAAAUUGAGACUCCGAUUUCAUCCACUUUAAAGAGUUACCACUAUUUGGCUCAUCAUGAUAGUUUCGAUUUUGUUCCAUCCAGAGUAGUGGAACUAGCUCACGUGAAGAAAAUUCCGAAGAAAUCGGGAGGCAAACGAAAACCCCAAGGAAAUCAUCAUCAAGUAACAGUUACGAGCCAUAAACCGUUAAAGUUCAGCGAAGCACCCGAUUAUGCCACACGCCGCCCAGAAUCUCAAAUGAAUGUCCAGCUGCCACCUCCAGAAAAAGAGUUCAACACCUUCUACGGGACAGCUAAACAGAAUCAAAAAGUUCAAAAACCCAAGAACUACGUGACACAACCAUAUUCAAGUUCAACGACCCCAUUCCCAACUUCACUGACUACUCCAGCAUCCUCAACAACCGCUAGCACAACCCCAACCCCAGUAUCCACAACUCCAAGUGGAUCAACUACGGCCACAACCCAGAAAACAUUUACCCAGUUUCAACCGUUCUUCAAAAACAAAAAUGAAAAAUCCGACGACAUAAUUACAACCAUGCGACCCCGUUUGGUUAUUAAAACCGUCUACAAACCAUUCCCUAGUUCAACAUCAACGAUUUCGGCCAGUUCAGGGCCCACAGAAAAACCUGUCCUCAAAUGGAUCCCCAAACGUCCCCGGAACAAAGGAAACACAAGCGUUGAGCCCUCCUCCAGCUCCACAUCCUCUUCGGCCAGCAUCGAACAAAUGUCGUCCUCUUCAGAGCACGCGACCGCCGAUCCCAUACCUGCCAACAAAUCCCUCCCUCCGACGUCCAUCGCAACCGCACGCUCAAGUCUCGAAAACCAAAUGAACCGGCUCCGGGCGUCCCGUGGUCGCUCCCGCUAUACUCACCGCCGCGCCACCACUCCUGGAACGCCAUCUGCUUCUCAACACCCCAUUGCUAAAGUUCAUCGAGUGCGCACAAGCACGGCCACUACUACAUCCACCUCCACUAUCAAACCUGUCUCUGGAGUCACCUCAUCAGCAUUCGACAGCAGUCGGCUAGCCGACAAUCGCCCACCAACAGACACCGAAAUAAGUCAAACUGUAGAAACUCCUAUCGCCCCCAUAAGCCUCAGGAACAUCAUCAAUGAAAAAUCCAAACGCGACACCGCUACGGAAGAAAACGAAGUCUUGGUAGCCGAGCCACUAACUUCCCAGCAGUCGAACUCCAAGGAAAAUAACUACGAAAUGGUCAAGGCUGAAAUCAAACCGGUCCAGACAAACUCCACCAACAUCCUCCUCUUCGAAGCCAGCGAUGCCAGCAUCGGCCCGACUGGAUCCUCUGUCCCGACCUUCAACGAGCUGACCAUGUCAAUAAUCAACCACGCACGGGCGAUCGCCAACCAGACGGCCAAACCGGAGGACCUGCACGACAAAACACUCCAGUCGAACGAAAUCAGUCAUACGGACGAGGAAACAACGAUCCCAAUGAGUGCGACGACAGUGCCCGCCGUCAGCACCAACGAGCCUUCGGCUGAAAGCGACGAAACGGCCACUACAUACGGCGGAGACAGCACCGAUCAAACCGAUUCGACCGGAAGCAGUAGGAGCGAAACGACUGUUAGUGUAGACAAUUAGAAUGGAUGAUGCGAGUGAGUGUGAGUGAAUUAGUAAAUGUGAAUAAACGAGAAGUUAGGUAGAGUUUAAGCAAGAGACACCAAAUAAGUUCUGAUAAGUAAUUUAUAACUAUUUAUACUUAAUAAAGUACUGAAUGAGACCGUAAGAGGGCUGAGAUGGAGAACAAAGAACUGAGAGAACCGCUGAAAUAAAACCGAUUUAUAGAUGCGAUGCGAUUCCAAUACGAGCAGUUUGGAAUACACAGCGACCAGCUUUUAACACAAUAAUCUGCAUUAAACAACUUAGCUAUGCAACACUUAGAUAGAAACGGAGAGAGCUGCUGAAACACCAAUGGAAAGAAAAUUAGUUAUUUUGUUUGUGUCAAAAUAAAACAAUAAUUUAUGAUUUCUA